UUCGAAAAUGAAUUGCAGAAAUUACAGGAACUAGAAAACAAGAUGAAAGGCGGAUUUAAAAAAAAAUAUCCUUAUGCUUUUAACGUGCUGCACUCGAGCAAUCCGAACGUCGUUAGUGAAUUUCCUAGAAUCGGAAAUAAAGUGAAAGCAGUAAUCGAUUAUAUCGCGAAAAUUAAAAGGAUAGAGGUUUUGAGCGAUCUCACGGGGGUGAAAGGAAUUAAAAGUAAAACCAUCGAAAAUAUAAUUAGGUUACUUCCAAAGUUCGAAAAUGAAUUGCAGAAAUUACAGGAACUAGAAAACAAGAUGAAAGGCGGAUUUAAAAAAAAAUAUCCUUAUGCUUUUAACGUGCUGCACUCGAGCAAUCCGAACGUCGUUAGUGAAUUUCCUAGAAUCGGAAAUAAAGUGAAAGCAGUAAUCGAUUAUAUCGCGAAAAUUAAAAGGAUAGAGGUUUUGAGCGAUCUCACGGGGGUGAAAGGAAUUAAAAGUAAAACCAUCGAAAAUAUAAUUAGGUUACUUCCGAAGUUCGAAAAUGAAUUGAAGCAAAAGCGAGUUCGAAAUCGACAACGAGCACGGCAAAUAUCUUGA